UAUGAAAACUAUGGAUGAUAGAGCAUUCAAAAGACCUCUUGCAAAACAAUUUUAUUGUGUUUUAUUAAAAUAUGAGGAGAAAGCCACUAAAGAAGAUAUCUGCAUGGAUGAAGUAAGUGUUUUUGUGAUAAAGAAUUUAGUUAGUUUAAAUGACUUAAAUGUAUGGAGAAAUAGUAUCAUAUUAUGAUUCUUAAAUGGAUCCAAUAACAUAUUAUUUUAUGGAUAAGCAACAUUAAUUGUUAUAAUAGAUAGUAAAAAAAAGUAAAUAGGAUUAAGAAGAUAUCUUAAAAAAUUUAAUAAUGGCUAAUUAAUCAGAGUUUCCUAUAUAACCUAUAGACAAUUAUAAAUAAAAGAAGAUGGUCCAUUUAUAUGAAUUAGAGGAAGUUUAAAAAGUAAAUGAAAGCGUUUGUGAAAAUAUUGUUGGAUAAUUUGAAAAAAAUAAUGAAGCCAAUGAUUCAACUGUUCAAGAAGAAUUUUAAAAAUAAUAAAAUAAUUUAUAUAUAAGAUUAGCUAACAGAGUUAAAAAAAAGUAAGACUAUAAAAAAAAUGGAGGACGUUUAUCAAAUUCAUCGAUUAAUGUUUACUAAGUCCCAUUUUAAGAUUAUGACGAAAGGAAAUUAGAAAGUUGA